AUGAUGUCGUCCCCUUUCGUCGAUAAUAAAGGCAAUACUAUUCCUCAGGAAAAUGUUCUCGGGAGUGGAGCUACUGCAGUUGUUCUGCUGCAAAAUGGGGUAGCUGUCAAAACCCCUUUAAGAUAUAUCUGGAGCUCAGACUCCGAUGUCCAAGCCAACAUUGAAAGCCUUAGGCGUGAACAAGAUAUUUAUCGUCGCUUGCAAGUCUCUGGAGAUUACCGUUCUAGCGGAGUUGUCCGUUGCAUUGAGUUUUCAACCGAAGCUACACAGCUUGCUUAUAUGGCUAAUGGAGAUCUUCGGGCUUAUCUUGCAAAGCAUUGCCCUCCUCAUCAGCUCCAACUCACAUGGUUCCAAGAGAUGGCUGAUACACUUAGUUAUAUCCAUGAUAGACGUGUACUUGUCGCAGACAUUGCCAGCCGAAAUUUUCUUCUCGAUCCCGAUCUAUGUCUAAAAUUUUGCGAUUUUUCGGAAGCUUCUCUCCUCCCUUUGGAUUCCGACAUGGAGGGUGUGGAUGACAAUGGAUUUACAACACAAAUUGAUAUUGGCCUCCUUGGAACGGUCAUGUAUGAAGUUGUGACUGGUAAUAAGUGUGAAAUCGACCUCUUUAAAGAUAACGAUCCCACUGAUGGCCGAGCCUAUUGGCCAGAGAGGAAGUUUUUACCAAGCACACAUGGUAUCUGGCUUGGGUUUAUUAUCGAAGGCUGCUGGAAUGGUGAAUUUCAAAGUGCCCACAGUCUUCUGCAAGCAUUGAAUGCCGUCGAUUUACGCUCCUCGUCUCCGAUCUCUCGAUCGCGCACCAUCCAAUUUCUUUUUUCAAUCAAAAAAUAUAUCAGACAGCGACCGAUUUCGACUAUUCUUGGCGUGUUAGGCGUGAUAGCGUGCACUCUAUUUGCUGGGAAAAAGUUAUUUUUUACUUUACGUGGCUUCUGUAUUACUUUUUGA